GGUUUCAUUGGAUAUUGCACACGACGGGGAAUGCGAAGCAGAAGACUUUGAGGGUGGCAUGUGCUCCACCUUGGCAUUGGCCUGCCCACACAACAUCGCCAACAAUGCGCUGUUGUGUGGUGUCAAUGGGCAGGGGAAAUCGGUGUUGUUUAACUCCGACUGCGAGAUGCAUGAGCGGGGAUGCAAUGAAAAUUUGGCGUAUGUUUUGCAUCCCAAUGAAAAAUGUGUGCCCGAUAUGUACUCCCCGGAAACGGUGGAGGUGGAGGCGACAGCAUACUCCGCUGCCGAUGACAACACAGCACAACACACGGCUGAAACUGAAGGGAGUACCGAUGACAAUACAGAGCUAAUCUACAAUAUAAUCGCUGCGGUGGUGGUGUGCUUGUUGCUAUUGUCACUGGCGUAUGCUAUCCGCAGGAGUGUACAUCUGCGCAGGCAGAGAGAGCGUGCGUUCCGGUUUAUUGAUCUGGACGCGGAGUUGGAACAUGAGAUGGAGUCGACGUCACCCGCAGCUUUCAGUCAUUAUCAUCAUGAUCAAGACCCGACCGUAAGGACCAACCCACCCGCGUCUGUGACUAGGCUGAGUAGUGAUGACGAGGAAGAGCUGCUCGAUCAGGAACUUAAUGGACGAUAGAGCUUGCAGCGGCACUCUCGUUCAAUAUGUAUUGGAUUAAAAUUUGGUUGUAAAUUUAGUUUCUAUACGGGCAAGGUUAUGUAAUCGUCGCAUAUGUCGCUAAUCAGGUCAUAUAUUCUGGGGGUUGAGAUCCAAAACUAAAAAGGGAAGUUCUUCUAGUAAAUAAAUGAUAAUGAAC